AUGUCGUCGAUACUGGCCUCAGCAUCGUCGAUUAUUGCCACGGCCUUACCUACGGGGACAAUCUCAGCACAUAUUGGGUCUCCCCCAAACACAACGGAAGAUUAUUAUGUGGCAAAGUACCUGCUCAUGGCCUUCGGCAAGACGACAGAUCCUAUGCUUGGUGCUUUUGUACCUCCAGCACGACCAACAGAGGGAUAUGUUUUCGAGACACGGGGCCCGAGGAUUUUGGCUUCGAUGAGCAUUGCUCUGGGUACUAUGGUCAUCAUCACCGGACUGAGGCUAGGAUUGAGGAUUUUCAGGAGAGGGUUGAUGGUUGGGAUGGAUGAUUUCUUCAUCAUACCUGGUGUAUUACUUGCCAUAUGUUGGCCGACACUGCAGAUGUGUGCUGUGAUAUAUGGAGGAGCGGGGAAGCAUAUGUACGAUGUCACAUAUGAGGAGUAUGCACGCUUCAAACGAUUCUCCAACCUUUCGAAACCAAUCUUCUUCGUUGCUGUUGGGAUGAUUAAAGUGUCGAUAUGCUUUUUCAAUCGACGGCUGACAUCGCUCACUUCCAAUGCCUGGUUAAUGUUCAACAACAUCUUUCUCGUUCUACUCGUCACCUAUAUAAUGCUAUCGCUCUUCUGGACCAUCUUCCAAUGCGACCCCCCUUGGGCAGGUUGGGAUCCAAUCAGAAUCGCGAAGGAAAGCAGACAGUUCAAAUGCACCAGCGACAACAUUGUCGGCAGCACCUUGAGCGUCAUCCAUGUCAUCAUGGACUUCGCGCUGCUCUCAGUACCACUGAUCGUGCUAUGGAAAGUUCGGAUGGGGUGGGGAACCAAAGCUCGGCUGUAUUUCGUCUUUAGUAUUGGGGCGAUGAGUUGCAUUGGCUCCGUCAUGCGCCAAAUUGAGCAGAAGAAGCUCUCAAGUGAUGUUCUGUGGAACUUCAUCCACCUUCAAGAUUGGACUUUGAUCGAUCUGACCUUCGGCGUGGUCGCCGCAUCACUUCCUAUCCUUUCGGCAUUCAUACCAGCAUCAUGGAAGAGUGUGAGAGGGACAAAUGACCCGACGAGUGCCAAGAAUGCCAUGUCAGGUUCCAACAGCUCGAAUGGGACUGGGGGAUACAUCCGAUCGAGAAGAAGAACAAGCAUUAGCGGAAAACAAGAAAGGUCAGACAGUAUGGAGAACAUUGUAAGAACCGACGUUAUCGAGUUGAAAUUCCAGAACAGGAGCGACUACUUCGAUGCAGAAAGCAAGGAGAGAAAGGAGGCAAGGAAGUCGAGGGCUGCGAGUGGAGGUGACUCUCAUAUGGACUGGACUUCAGAGGAGAUAUUCCCGAACAGCCUUCAUAACGAGACAUGGAUCGGGAGGGGUUCUGGGAGGAAGGAAGUCAACUGA